CGACGGAUUGUUGAGAUCGACAGUCAGCAGAGCGAUGAUCCCGGCUCGCUGUCUCUCGCGUCCGCUGCCGCUCGCGGCAAGGGCAACGGUCCCCAUCAGCACGGCCAGGAGGCUUCGACUAGCCAGCGACGGACCCGCUGGCACGAGACUAGGCUCGACGCUGACGCUUCCCAAGUCCGACUCAGAAAGCGCACCCCCGUCUGCGGCCGAUCCAAAGGAGGUGCCGCCCGGCUCUCAGAUCUCCCACCUCUACUAUGACUCCAUCUUCCCCUUGCGCUCGGGCAGGGCAGACCCACGAGCACUGCUCUCGAGACUGCAGGGCGAAAAGCCGCUCGAGUCGCUGAGAUACACCAUCGAGACAGAGGCUAGCAAUAUCGGCCAUGGCUUCCAGGUCGUUGGCGUGGAGGAGCGCCGCAAGGACGGUGGUGCCUUUGUCACGUUUGCCUACAAGACGGCAAGCGCAGCAGAUGACGGAAAGAAGACGCUGGACGACAUCAAGGAGAAGCUUUCCCCGACGUUGCAGCCAUUCCACCUCUCGAUGCCAUCGCUCAGCGCCAUGCUUCCCUCGGCCCUCUCGUCGCUGACGGCACCGCGCGCCCACCUCGUCCAGGGCACGCCGUGGCUCGAAGAUCUGGCACGAUACCCCUCUCGGACGAUCCGGCUCAACUUCACUUCGGGAAAGACGACGCUGACGGAGCAGGCCAUCUGGGAGAAGCUCCGUCCCUAUGGCCGUGUGCUCAAGCUCGACGUCGAUGCAUCCAAGGGCGUCGCAACGGCCGUGUAUGCACGCAUGCGAGCAGCGACAUCGGCGCGAAACUGUCUCUACGGCGCCGCUCUGGCCGAGGGGCAGACAGUGACCAUCGACUACGUGGAUCCGCUGCACUCGCACAAGAUCUGGGACUGGCUCACGUCGCACCCGCGCAUUGUCCUGCCCAUUGCCGCCUUCCUCCUGGGCACCUUGACCUACGCCGUCUUUGACCCGGUAAGGCAAUUCUUCAUCAAGACGCACGUCGAAGGUAUGUUCGACUGGGAGCACUACCCCAUCCUCGCCUGGAUUAGGGCAAAGACGACAAAGUACAUUCCAGCCUCAUACCGCUCUUUUACCUCCUCUGGCGACAACGAGGGGGAGGAGGGAGGCAAAGAGGUUACGGGCGACGAGGAGUGGUUCGAGAGGCGACAGGCGGCAAAGGAGAUCGAAGACCUGCUCAGGGAGGCACCUACUACAUUCAUCACCAUCGCUGGGCCCAGGGGCUCCGGCAAGCACAUGCUGCUGGAGCGCAGCGUCGUUGGCAACUCGUCGAUCAAGCACCUGACCAUCGACUGCGAGAGCAUUGCUCGCCAGGCCAAGGGAGGCGGCGAGGGAAGCCUCGUCGGCGCCGUGGCCUGUCAGACAGGCUACUUUCCCGUCUUUGGAUGGGUCAACUCACUCAACAAUCUCAUCGACCUCGCCGCUGUGGGUCUCAUCGGCUCCAAGGCUGGCUUCUCGACGCCCGUCGAGGAGCAGCUGAAAAAGGUGCUCAACGUCACGACAGCCGCGCUGGUCAGCGUAAAGGAAGACACGCUGGCCAAGAAGCAGAAGCAGCGCGCGGCCGAGGCGAAAAAGGCAAAGAAGGACAGCCCCUCUUCUACGGCCACGACACCUGCCACGAGUGCAUUGUCCAAGGCCGAGGGCAAAGAAGGGGAAAGCACUGGAGAAGCGAGUUACGAUGCGCCCGUCGUCGUCCUCGACAACUUCCACCACAAGGGCCUCAAGUCAGACAUGCUCUGGACCGUGUUGGCCGACUGGGCCGCUGAGCUUACGGCCUCGCAGACGGCCCACGUCGUCUUUGUCAGCGACAAUCCCGUGGCGAUGGGCAAGACGCUGAGCAGGGCCCUGCCCAACCAGCCUUUCCAGGGCGUCACCUUGGCCGAUGCCGACGAGGAGCGCGCGAGGAACUACGUCUUUUCAAAGAUCAAGCUGGCUGCCGAUGCCAAAGGGACGCAGGAUGACAAGCGAUGGAUCGACGUGCUGGGAGGACGGCUGACUGACCUGGAGAACCUCGUGCAGAAGGUGGCGCUCGGCCAGGACAUCCGGCAGGCCGUGGGCGAGAUCGUGGCGAGGACCGUGGUUGAGGUGCGCAAAAAUGCCUUUGGCGAUGACGUGGAAGACGCCAAGCUGCUGCCGUGGUCGCGCGCGCAGGCGUGGGCCCUCGUUUCGAAGCUCGCUGCUGCGUCGAGGGAGGAGGGCGUGUCCUACUACUCGCUCCUCUACGACGACUUCAAGGGCGACGAGGCUGCCAUCAAGGCCAUGGAGCAGGCUGAGCUCCUGUCUGUCAAGCACGUCGAGUCGAGGCCUUCGACCAUCCGCGCAGGCAGGCCCGUGGUGCAUGAGGCGAUGCGCGCCCUCGUCGAGGACACCGUCUUUGCCGACACGCAGAAGCUCCUCUCCAACUCGUCGGGCAUCGAAAAGGCAGAGGCGGAUGUGCAGGCGUGCGAGCGCGAGAUGCGCGAGCUGGCAGAGCUCAAGGCCUCGUCGACGGCCAUCAAGGACCGCUUGGACUGGCUGAUGGCAAAGAUGCACGAGGCCCAGGACAAGGUCAGGAAGCUCGAGGGCGCAAACGCAGACAUCAAGACGAGGCUGGCAGAGGCCAAAUAACUGUUUCCAUAUUGCAUAUUGAAUUCUUCCUUUUGUGCGACCGCUGCUGCUACUGCAAUACCACUCCCUUCUCCCCU